UUCCGAAGAGAUACUUAGCAUCGCCACUGUGCUGUUGGUCAACGAUUGCCGUCUUCUACCGACCUAAAGACAAGAUAGUCCACGCCGACAACGCUAGGGUGAACUUCUUCACUCCAGGCGGUGAUCAUCUCACAUUAUGCUCAAUGUCUACAACCAGUGGGUGGAGACUGGCUUCUCAACUCAAUGGUGCUUUGAGAACUUCAUCCAGCAUCGAUCGAUGAGACGGGCACGGGAUGUUCGUGAUCAGCUCCAGGGACUCAUGGAGAGAGUUGAGAUGGAGAUUGUGAGCUGUGGUAUGGAUAGUGUCGUUAUUAGAAAGGCUGUAACUGCUGGUUUCUUCUACCAUACUGCACGCUUCAGUAAGGGAGGUAACUACAAGACAGUCAAGCACCAGCAGACAGUCAUGGUUCAUCCCAAUAGCGGUCUCUUUGAAGAACAACCAAGAUGGCUCAUCUACCAUGAACUUGUCUUUACAACCAAGGAGUUCAUGAGACAGGUGAUAGAGAUAGAGAACGGUUGGUUGCUAGAGGCUGCUCCACACUACUACAAGGCCAAGGAACUAGAGGACGCAUCAAGCAAGAAGAUGCCUAAGGGUGUCGGCAAGUCGGCCGGUAGCUGAUUGGAGUUACAGAAGACCGGUAUCAUCGGAGGACCAGUUAUUGGGAUGAGUAUUGCUGGCCAUCAUCUGAUAUCGUUGAGAUGGGACUCACUUGGAACAAACUAUAAGGACAAACUUAUUCCAGAUUAUGUGCCUUUUUCUUGUCUCUCUUUGAGUCAAACAUCGUCUUAGGAUCAAUUGUGAGUAAUGAGUCCUGGCCCUCAACUUUUGAGACUAGACCUUCCUUUAGAACUAAUAGCAAGACAUCUGCUAUUCCAAAAUCUAGAGAGAAUCCGCCUUUGUCUUGUCAUCUUGAGGAUCAUAACGAGUGAUUUGCGCUGCCCUCAAUUGGUAGGAAUGCACCAGAUUUUACCCCAGAACAGGUUUCCCCUUCUGGUAAGAAUACUUUUGUGAAGGAUUAUCAAAGCAGUUUCACAUUGUAUUGAAGGUGAUAGCUCACUAUAAAGCUCAUUUAUAGUGCAUUCCUGCAUCUACUGCUGGCCGUCACUUCUUGAGGAUGUACUAUAUGUUCCUCUUUUAGAACAAAUAGCAGAAUUAUUCCAGUUCUCACCAGACCAUUAUUUUCUUUUAAAGAAUGGUAGAGAAUAUUCCAGGAAUGGUUUCCCUGGUAACCUGAAGCUGAUCUAGGAUGUGUAUUUCCAUUUGGCAGGGAUGUACUGAAACCCAUUCCACCAGGGAAUUAUUCCCAGUUCUAGAAUGACUAGUGUUUACGUGGUGGAUAAUAGUCAGUAUAGAAGAUACAUGUGUCAGAGAAGAUGCUUGGGACAGUUUCCUAGGUAAUCAGAAGCUGUCCAAAGAUACAUGUCACCUGCUGGUAAGGUUGCAAGAAAACUCAAACUCCAACAAACAUCCAGACAUUAUUAAUCCCAGUUCUUGAAGAAUUACCUUGUAUGUGAGCUCUAAAAAUUGGCACGGAGGAUAGAUAUGGCAGAAAAUGUGCAUGAGACAGUUGCCUCGGUUACUAGAAGCUCAUCUCAAACGUGCCCCUUGAGUCCAGUACAGUCAACAAGACGCUGGCGAAUAGUGAUUGAAUUUAUACCAGAUUCUGUGACAACUCCCAACCUUUUCAGUUAUAUUCAUUUGAUACCUGUGCAUUCAAUAUUAUUGAAAAAGCCAGUUGUUCUUGUGAGGUUUAAUUACUUCAGACUUAAGUGGAUCAGGCAUUGCCGUUGAUAUGUAAAUUCAUGUACUGUUAUAUAAAUGAAAUAAAACUAUUUGAAAACUUUA